GCAGGGUUAAGCCAUAUGAUGUUAAAAUCACUUCUGUUAGCUUGCGCGUUGGCAGCCACCCAGGCUGCGGGAAUCAUCGCCCCCGUAGGCCAUUUGGGUGCUUACGGGUCCCCUUACAGCUAUGGUGCCUGGAAUCCGUAUAGCGCGUACCCAGCCCAGCCUGCUAUUGCCACCCAGAGCUCCAACAUCUUGCGAUCACCGUUUAAUUUGGGCCAAGUAUCAACCUACACGAAAGCGAUAGAUACUCCUUUCUCGAGUGUGCGUAAAGCUGACAUCCGCGUGAGCAAUCCUGGCGUAGCAGUAGCUGCGCCCUAUGCACACUAUGGUGUCGCCGCGCCCGUUGUCUCUCAUAUCGCUUCUCCUGUUGUUUCACAUCUAGGCGUUGCUCCUGUGGCUAAGGUAGCUGCGGCUCCAGGACUAUUGGGCGUGGCGUAUUCGGCAGCUCCCGCUGUUUCGCACAUGACCUACUCCAAUGGCCUCGGCAUUGCAUACGCCUGGUAAAAAUUUAGUUGAGGACGACGAUGAUAGAAUAAUUUUGUAUUUAUUGUAUUUACCAAGAUGAAAGAUUCCUCUGUAUUUGUUACC